GGAACGUUUCCGGUUGAUUCUGCAAAGAGCUUCGGUAUAGGUUGGUCAUGUGCUAGCUACGGUAAAACGAAGAUAAUGUUCGGUUAUAUCAAACUAAAUUUUAUGUAAUAAUUAAUUUUUAUUAAACGUACAUCAUGAUCAAGGCAAUUCUAAUAUUUAACAACAGCGGAAAGCCUCGGCUUACUAAAUUUUAUCAACAUUAUCCAGAAGAAGCACAACAAAAAAUUUUGAUUGAAACAUUUCAACUUGUAUCACAGAGAGAUGAUGAUGUUUGCAACUUUCUAGAAGGUGGAAGUUUAAUAGGAGGAUCAGAUUAUAAGUUAAUUUACAGACAUUAUGCCACUUUAUACUUUGUAUUUUGUGUUGAUUCAUCAGAAAGUGAAUUGGGUAUUCUAGAUAUUAUUCAAGUUUUUGUAGAAACCCUUGAUAAGUGCUUUGAAAACGUUUGUGAAUUGGAUAUUAUAUUUCAUAUAGAUAAGGUUCAUUACAUACUUAAUGAAUUUGUAAUGGGAGGCCUUGUGUUGGAUACCAAUAUGAAUGAAAUAAUAACUCACUAUCAAGAACAAAAGAAAUUGGAAGGGAAAGAAAAAGGUCUUGCUGGUGUUCCUUCAAGAGCCCUUUCUGCUGUCAAACAAAUCAACCUUCCAGAUCAAGUUAAGGAUAUAAAGUUGCCACAUCUUCCACAUUCUGGCUUACAGAAAUUGUAGGCCUCAAAUGUAAUUAUUAUUUCACUAAAUAAAUUCAAUGUAAUUAUUAAAUGAUAUAAAUAUACAAUGCUAAGCUAUGUAGAUAUUGCUAUAAUGUAUUCUGAAUUGUAAAAAAAAUCAAAAAUUUGCUGAUUGGGCAUAUCCUCUGCUAAUUCAGUUAAUUUUUUUUAUGGUAAUUUAGAAAUUUUUCAAUUAAUUAACUAAAUAUAUUAGAUCACUUUUCUUCAGAAAUAUAUUGUAGAUGUAAACAUUAAUCAUGAUAAAAUAAUUUAAAUUCCUUAUAUUUUUAUUAAAAUUUUCAAAUACCAAAUUGAAAAACAAUUUCUCCUAGUAAAGAUAAUUAUGCAGUUUACCAAGAGAAUGAAAAUUGAAUAUAAACUGAAAUGUUUAGAAAAUUUAUGAAUCUUAAAUUUUUAGAAAAUUACAAUAUAAAUUUGAAAAUUUUAGUAAAAAAUAAAUCUUUUUAAUGUAUUUUUUGUAUUGAUAAUUUUAUAAUAAUUAAAUAAUCUUAACACAUAUCUUUCUUAUGAAUAAUCUAAGUUGCACAUAUCAAAAAUUACAGAUUUUUGUAACUUUAGUAAAUAAAUAUAAUGCUAAAAGUACUGAUAAAUA